CAAAGAUGGCGCUUAUGGUACAGGUUCCCUAACAGUCUGGAUUCCGGUUGCAGUUUUUUUUUUUUUUCCCCUAAGAUACGUGUUUGCAGACGAGGAAAUGGAGGCUAGAGACAAGCAAGUGCUGCGCUCCCAUCGCCUGGAGCUGGGUGCAGAGGUACUGGUGGAGGGCCUGGUUCUUCAGUAUCUUUACCAGGAAGGGGUCUUGACGGAAAACCACGUUCAAGAAAUCAAAGCUCAAGCCACAGGCCUCCGGAAAACAAUGCUGCUGCUGGAUAUCCUACCUUCCAGAGGUCCUAAAGCAUUUGAUGCGUUCCUAGAUUCCCUGCAGGAAUUUCCCUGGGUGAGGGAGAAGCUGGAGAAGGCAAGAGAAGAAGCCCUAACUGAGCUGCCUGCAGACGACCAGAUGACUGGAAUCCCCCUGCACAUCCUCGACAGCUCCCCAUCGGACCGGCAGAUUAACCGGCUGGCCCAGAGGCUGGGCCCCGAGUGGGAGCCCGUGGUGCUGUCUCUGGGACUGUCGCAGACGGACAUCUACCGCUGUAAGGCCAACCACCCCCACAACGUGCAGUCCCAGAUGGUGGAGGCCUUCGUCCGCUGGAGGCAGCGCUACGGGAAGCAGGCCACCUUGUGGAGCUUGCAGAGGGCGCUCCAAGCCGUGGAGGUGGACCCCUCAGUGCUCCAGCACAUGCUGGAAUGAUGGUGCCUCCAUCAGCCCACUGGGGAGAGCAUCCCCAGGUCACAUGUGCCGAAUCCUCCCUUUCACCCAGGGAGGGUAGUUUUU